UCUUAGAAAUCCUUUAACAGCUAAUUAAAGCACACUUUGGAAGUUGGGGAGCUUCUACUGUUUGCAUAACCUCGAGUUUCCUGAUUUAUUAGAAGGGUAGGAUCUAGUGACUUAAAUGCUUGAAUGCCCUGCCAUCACUACUCAGGAAUUUGGGAAUACUACAAUCUAUAUGGGAAAAAACAGCUGUUACAUUUCCUAGAGUGAGGGAGUAUGAGCCUGUGACAUGAUCCUCCCUAAUCAAAUUGCUUGGCAUCAGGGAGAGGGAGAUGCCCUUCAUUUUUUUUCGAGUUUCAGCCUACUGCAAAAACAAGGCAAAGUUAAAUCACCUGUACGAAGGCAGAUGUUAAUCCUUGCCAAAAGCACUGAACUGGCCCAGAGGCUUUCCUGGGGGGCUCAGUCAGGAUGGAUAUGUGUUAGACCUGUGCCCCAUAUUCUUCGGUCACAGCAGCCCUUAAUCAAAGGCAGUUUAACGAAUUUUUGAGAAAACGCUAGGCACACAUUUCGCUUCCUUAAAAACAGAGGGAUUUAAAUUCCUGGGCACCAGCGUGUGCUCCCUUAGGUUCCUACUUUUAGGCACCUGAUUUUGUUAUUCUUGUGAAACAGUAAGGUUUUUAAGGCACCUUAGUUGUAUAAAAAUAUUACAUUUUAUGCCUUUUUUCCCAGAAGUGCUGCACCACAUUUCUUCAUAAUCCCACGUUAACCAUGUUUACCUCAUGUGCUGAUGAGUAAAUGAGAACGUGGGAGCUGUAGGCAUGCAUCCCUUCAGUGAAGCUGUUUACAUUCCAUAGUUCGGGAUACUUUUUUUUUUCUUUGCUAUUGUACUGUGCAGUUUUUUUGCCUCUUCUAAUUUGCCAUGACGUGGUCAGUGCUGUUUCCUUCCGGCUGCUUGCGAGCCUGUGGUAGAGAUAAGGAUACGUUUACGGUGCAUUUUUAACAAGAAGCUGAAGAUCUGCUUCGUGUUGGAACGCGGGGACUCUCUGAAUUGUAUAAAGAAUUUGUUUACUGGUUUCAUCUGUUUGACACUGUGGGAAUCAAGAUCUAGAGCAUUUUACUUGUGAAAUAACAACUUCACUAAAUUUCAACUGUGUGUGAAGAAGAAAGGUGAUAUACUUGAGAUAUCCUACAGCUGAGUAGUGGUUAAAGGCUAUUGAGGUGGGAAGAACAACUCAGGCAAGGAUUCCCCCCAGUUCAUUUCCCUUUGAGAAGAACCCAGAAACACUGAAGAUCCAAGAAAUACGAACACCAAUACUUGCUUCAUUUUGUGAUCCUGCCUUUCUGCCCUGCUGGACCUCAGCGACUGUCUCUGUUCUUUAGCAUUCGAGAACAUCUUUCUUCAUAUGUGGAGCUGAGACCUGGGAAUGCAUUAUUAUGGCAGCAGUUGUACAGCAGAAUGAACUCGUCUUUGAGUUUGCCAGCAACGUCAUGGAGGAUGAGCAGCAGCUUGGUGAUCCGUCUAUUUUCCCUGCUGUCAUUGUGGAGCAUGUUCCUAGUGCAGACCUCCUACACAACUACUCCGGCUUAACCUGCGUGGAUGAACCUAGUGACAUGAUCACUGAGAGCUCCCUGGAUGUUGCAGAAGAACAAAUCAUAGAAGAUGAUGAUAUAACCCUCACAGUUGAAGCAUCUUGUCAUAAUGGAGAUGAAACAAUGGAAACAAUCGAAGCUGCUGAAGCACUUCUCAAUAUGGACUCCCCUGGUCCUAUGUUGGAUGAAAAAAGAAUAACAACUAUGUUUGGCUCAACUGAAGAUGACGAUAUGGUGGCUCCUGUUACACAUGUGUCAGUCACACUUGAUGGGAUCCCUGAGGUGGUGGAAGUUCACCAGGCUCCAGACCCGUACGCUGAAUCACCAGAGACUCCAGAAUUUGAACAACCAAAGAAGAAAAAAGGGAAGAAGCCAAGACCAUCUCGUCCUGAGUCCCCUACUACAACGCCAAACAUAUCUGUGAAAAAGAAAAGCAAAGAUGGAAAGGGAAAUACAAUUUAUCUCUGGGAGUUCUUACUAGCACUGCUCCAGGACAAAGCUACAUGUCCUAAAUAUAUCAAAUGGACUCAAAGAGAGAAGGGCAUUUUCAAACUGGUAGAUUCCAAGGCUGUGUCCAGGUUGUGGGGAAAACACAAAAACAAACCUGACAUGAAUUAUGAAACAAUGGGUAGAGCUCUCAGAUACUAUUACCAAAGAGGAAUACUGGCUAAAGUAGAAGGUCAGCGCCUAGUAUAUCAAUUUAAGGAGAUGCCAAAAGAUCUCGUCUAUAUAGAUGAUGAAGACGCAAGCCCUAGCACUGAAUCAUCAGAUUCAACUCUCCUCUCAACUCCUGUGGCCAAUAGAAACCAAUCAAGCAGAUCUAGAGCAUCUGCAAACACGGGAACAAAGGGGGGAUCUACCACAGCGCUAAAAACAGGAAACUUGAAGCCUGCUGAGCUGAAGGAGCAUGUAGAAGUUGUACAGCAGCAGACACCUGGCUUGACUUCAGAAGUUUUGAGGACAAUGCAAUCUCCACAGCCAGUACAUCCCACACAGCUUUUUCGGACAGUUCACGUAAUGCAGCCAUUACAGCCCCUCACAGAAGGAUGUGCAGCUGUAACCAGUAACGUUGCAGAUGAAGCAUUAAAUCCCUCUGUUCAGAAUAUAAGGACUUUACAGACUCCAACCCAAGUUCCGGUGGUUGUUUCUCCUGGAAAUCAGCAGCUGCAUACUGUAACACUCCAGACAGUGCCUCUUACCACGGUGAUAGCCAGCACAGAUCCAGCCUCUGCAACAACACCCCAAAAAUUCAUUUUACAAGCCAUUCCUACUUCACAACCCAUGACGGUUCUUAAAGAAAACGUCAUGCUGCAGUCUCAGAAGCCAGUCUCACCUCCUUCCUCAAUUGUCCUGAGCCCGGCACAAGUUCAGCAGGUGCUCACCAGCAGCGUGCAGACAAUUUGCAAUGGAACAGGCAACAUGGCUUCGUCUCCAUCCUUCAGUGCCACCACCCCCAUGGUGACGUUUUCACCUAGCAGCUCACAGGUGGUGGCUCACCCAUCGGGCACGGUGAUCACUUCAGUUAUUAAAGCACCAGAAACGAAACAGAUCGGUGUGCAAGGAGUGGAAAAAGAAGACAAUGGUGACAAAUUAGAUGAUACUGAGCAGUCAGAGCAGAGAUUCCAGCAGCAACCAUUUGUGAUGGUGGUGUCCAGUUCAAAUGGUUUCCCAUCUAACGUGCAAGUGAAGCAAGAGAAUGAGCCAUUGGAAUCCAAUUCGUAUUGAUAAAAAAAAAAAAAAAAGACCCUGUGGAUGAUUAUUUUCAUAAAUGUGAUGGGACCUUUUCAGUUCUGUAUAUAUGAUUUGAUUCUGAAGCAAGAUGUGGCAAAGCUACUUAAUUUCUGCAGUUAAUUGUUAGAAUUCAUGCUUUAGAAUGGAUUUUGAUAUUCUGGAAAUUGCUGAAUGUUAUCAUAUAAAUAAAAGUAUAUAUUACUCAUGUUUCAAAAUACAAGCAUGAAGGAACAUGCUUUUUUACGCUAUGAAGACUUUCUCUUGAGGUUGUUGGCCAAAGUUUCAAACUUUUUUCUUACUCUGUCUUUUCAGUCUGUUGCUGAUUUACAUUGCAAUACAUUAUUAUAACCUUCUCUGUUUAAUCCGUAUGUGUAUCAUGUAACUUUUGAAACAACAGUUACUUUAAGUGUGGGACAUUUUCAUUCCAUGUGUAUGAAUUUUUAUGAUCAAGUAUCUGUUCCAUACUGGUGAAUUACACCAGUUUUAGACUUUGAUAGCCAGGUAUCAUCUUGCAUUUUUUUUUUGCAGCACAAGCUCUUGUGUGUGCAAAACGGAAUAUACACUCCUAUUGAGAGUAUGCAAAACAUUUAUUCCAGUAAUGGACAAUGCCAUGUCUAUAUUUUAUAUGAAAACACCAGAUAUAUUUAAUUACAGAAGGUAAUGGCAAAUGUUUCAUGCCAUUUUGCAACUUUGAAGCUUAACAAUCUUGCUUUGUACUUCAGAUUAUUUUGUAAGGGGGGUGGGGGGGAAGGAAAUAAAAUAUAUACAAUUUAUGCAGGUAUUUGAGAUUAAUACUGCUAAGAGUUCUUUUUUUGAUUGUAAAUAAUGUACAUUCAGUGUCACAAGGAAGUUUUUUCAGCUAAUUUGUUUCCAUACAAAUUUUUGAUAGAUGCAAAUAAGAUCAUUAUGUUUAGAGAUCUAAUGUUAUAUGUAUUCAUAUUACAGAGUGAAUUUGUAUUUAAAGACAAAUUUUUAAAUGAUGGAGCCCUCUGAACCUUGGGUCCUUGUCUUUUGUAUUUUUAAUUGGUUUAUUAUGAAAAUAAAUCAAGUGGAAAAACA